GGCUAGAAUACGCAUCCGAAGCUCUCUGCUUGUUUAAUAGGACCUUUGACAAAGAUGACAGUCAGUCGCAUCAUCAAAAGUAUCUUCAAUUAAGCAACUAGAUUCCUGAAUUGUCUCCUUUAGAAGCAAAAUCUUUGCAUAAUGAAUUUGACAGAGAUAUGUGACAAUGCUAAAAAGGGAAGAGAAUAUGCAUUGCUUGGGAAUUAUGACUCCUCAAUUGUAUACUACCAGGGUGUUAUGCAACAGAUUCAAAAACACUGUCAGUCUCUGCGAGAUCCUGCACUGAAGGUCAAGUGGCAACAGGUCAGACAGGAGCUAGUGGAUGAGUAUGAGCAGAUCAGAAGCAUUGUGGACACUUUGGAAAGUUUUAAGGUAGAAAAGCCAGCUGACUUUUCUAAUCCUCAACCAGAGGAAUGCCAGAAGGACCGUGAUGUGUGGCCACCGCCUACCCCUGCAGAACACAUAGCACCUGUUCAUGUAAAGAAACCAGCCCCUGGUGUGAAGCUUCAGAGCAGAGAUUCUCCAGCCAUGCAGCACCGUGGGCCUGCAGGAAAGGGCCAACCAAGUUCCAAAUUAGACAGACCCGCUGCCCGUGAUCUUCGCAAUGCUAAAGCUAAAGAAGACAAAGGCAAAAAGGCUGCCAAGGAGGGGACAAAAGCUGGAGAAGUGAAGAGAUUUGAUGGUACGGGUCAUGACGGUGAUUUGGUUGAAGCCCUGGAAAGAGACAUUGUGUCCAGAAAUCCCAAUAUUCACUGGGGUGAUAUAGCAGACCUAGAGGAUGCCAAAAAACUGCUGCGGGAGGCUGUAGUCCUGCCAAUGUGGAUGCCAGAUUUCUUUAAAGGCAUUCGGCGCCCAUGGAAGGGUGUAUUGAUGGUUGGACCUCCAGGCACAGGCAAGACAAUGCUGGCUAAAGCUGUAGCUACUGAGUGUAGCACCACUUUCUUCAACGUAUCAUCAUCCACGCUCACCUCUAAAUACCGGGGAGAGUCAGAAAAACUUGUUCGGCUGCUCUUUGAAAUGGCUAAAUUUUAUGCUCCAACUACUAUCUUUAUCGAUGAGAUCGACUCUAUUUGUGGACGGCGUGGAACAUCAGAUGAACAUGAAGCAAGUCGUCGAGUAAAGUCUGAGCUUCUGGUGCAAAUGGAUGGUGUAGGGGGUACGUUAGAAAAUGAUGACCCCUCGAAAAUGGUGAUGGUUCUGGCUGCAACGAACUUUCCAUGGGACAUCGAUGAAGCACUUAGAAGGAGGCUGGAAAAGAGGAUCUAUAUCCCUCUGCCAACUGCUAAAGGGAGAGCAGAGCUACUCAGGAUUAGUCUGAAGGAGGUGGACGUGGCUGCUGAUGUUGACCUGGCCGAAAUUGCAGAAAAGAUUGAGGGCUACUCUGGUGCUGACAUCACUAAUGUCUGCAGGGAUGCAUGCAUGAUGGCAAUGCGUCGCAGAAUCCAAGGCCUGAGCCCGGAAGAAAUUCGAGCCCUCUCCAAAGAUGAGUUGCAGAUGCCUGUAACCAUGGAAGACUUUGAGCUCGCGCUCAAAAAAAUCUCAAAGUCUGUUUCUUCUGCUGACUUGCUGAAAUAUGAGACCUGGAUGAAGGAAUUUGGAUCUGUUUAAUUGAACAAAUGACCAUGACGACUACAGAAAGAACAAGAUAACUGAUGUUGGCAAAACCUCUAAAAUCUAUUUUUUAGGUAUGGGUGGUGACAGUAGAGAUCAAUACUUAAAGCGUCACAUAUUCUUCUUAUUCAAACUUACAGUGCUUUGUUUGCACACGUUUCUUAUUUAUUAUAUUUCCCAGUCUAGUGUUUAUGAGCCAAUUAAUGUGUUAAGUUGUUUCUUAUUUGCUUUUAAUCAACAUUUAAACGACCGCUGAAAAGAUCUAGUUUGUCAUAUCUGUUUAUAACAGUUUUUUGGGUUCUUUUAUGUCUUGAAGACAGAUCGGUACUUUAGUUGUUGGUACUUUAUUUUGUUGGUACUUUUAUUUGUGUACAUUUUAAAUGUAUUGAGUUUUUAGUAUUUCAGAACUACCGUAUUCUUCGGUUUCCUUCUUCAAGCUACUAUUACGUCUCAGUGGUGGUAGGCUAGCGCAUUAGACAUUUGCUCCACAUGAUCAACCCUGCAUUUCUACUGCAGUUAUACGUUUCAUUUGUUUACUGGAAAUGAGGACGAUCUCAGCACGUCAGUACAAAAUAUGUUACACUAUUUUACCAUAAAAACUAAUAAAGUUAACAUGGAGAACACUA